CGGCUUUGAAAAUCUAAAUUUUUGGUCACUUCAUUUUCGAAAUAUGAAAAAACAAAUUGUUAAAGAAUUUAUAACUGUAAAGAGGGUGCGACGCUUGCCACGCCCACCAGCGCCACCAGCACCACCGCCACCCCUAAAAGUGCUAGUUGUGGGCCGCUGCACUCUAGACAUUAUCACCAUAUGCAAUGAGCAUCCCACUCCCGGCCAGGUGCAGCGCACCACUGAAGGCACCUGGCGUCUGGGCGGCAGUGCGUCCAACGUCUGCAUUGUGCUGCGGCGACUGGGCAUGGAAUGCUCUUUUCUUGGUCAACUGACCAGUGCGCUGACCUUCGAGAGCCUUGAAUCAAGCUUUCAAGCCAUGGGCGUUGGUAUAUCAACCUGUCCGCGCACACCAAAGUCACCAGCGCAUCGCAAUAUUGUGGGAGUGCGUGGCGACGACACGCACACCAUAGUGGAGUACUCGAGUCCAGAGCACGAGCUCACCUAUCAGCAGUUUGUGGGCGCCGUGGACUAUCGCAAGUACGCCUGGAUACACUUUGAGUCGCGACGUCCCAAGGAGACGCUGCGCAUGCUUAAGGCUGUGCAGGAUUUCAAUGCGCUCAAUCCGGAGACGCGCAUUGUGGUGUCCGUAGAUCUGAACGACAUGCGGCCCAUUAAUCUGCUCAUGGGCGAGUUCGCCGACUAUGUGCUGGUGCGCAGUCGCCUUCAAACCCAAUAUGCCUACAUGAAUGGCCGCGAGACUGUGUGGGCGGUGCGCGAGCAAAUGGCAGUGGCACGCAAGCGUUGGAUGGCAAGUCGCGCCAAGAAGCGUCCCUGUGUGAUAAAGCGUGAGCUUGUGGAGCCAGCGCACGAGCAAAGUUGUGCGCUCACCACAGAGCGUCAGCCCAUAAUCAUAGUUGAGAAUUAUAGCGAAGGCGCCAGCUGCCUAAUGACCGAUGGUGUGUAUUUCAAAGUGGGCGCGCACACGCCACAAAAGGUGGUGGACUCCAUUGGCGAGCAUGAUGCGUUUGUAGGCGCUUUCAUCUAUGCGCUGCUGGAGCCCAAGCUAACACUGCGCGACGCUAUGGAGUAUGGAACGCGCGCCACUGUGCUGAAGAUAGGGGACAACGGCUUCGAUUGCCUGCGCCGCAUGCCCAAAGAUCUGAUCAGCUGCUAUUACACCCAGCAGCAAUGUUAAUUGGCAAGCUAA